CACUAGACUAGACGUGGGCUGCGAUCUGCCAUCAAGAAUUGUCCUCUCCAAUCCCGCAAAACAUCUUGCACAACACCAUUCGACCAUCCCACCGUCACCCCUUGUCGCGCAUCGACAUUCUUCCUCCCUCGAGAUCCAUUUCCCUUGGUCUCUGCCUCACGAACCUAUAUCCCGCAUCUUUUCCAUUCCGCACCCACCAUGGGUAAACUCACCUCUACGAUUGGCAUUCCCAUCAAGUUGCUCAACGAGGCACAGGGCCAUGUUGUAACCUUGGAACUCACCUCGGGGCAAGUAUACCGUGGAAAGUUACUAGAAGCCGAAGACAACAUGAACGUCCAACUCAAAGACAUCACAGCGACCGCACGCGACGGCCGAGUAUCACAUCUGGACCAGGUAUACAUCCGAGGCAGCCACGUUCGAUUCAUCAUUGUCCCCGACAUGUUACGGAAUGCGCCCAUGUUCCGAUCAAGAGGUAUCAGAGGACGUGGUGUUGGUUUGGCCCGAGGAAGAGCCACAGUCAACAGGGCUAGAGCAGGACGCAGAGGAUGAUUACGAGCAAAUUUUUUUGGUGAUUGCAGAAGCCAUUUGAAUGGCGUCACCCAACAGGCGGGAUGUGUGAUUGUGAGAGGAUACACAAAAUUUGAGAGGAGCACCCUGGGGCUUGAUAUGACCCUAGCAAUGAUGAAGAAUCAUUUUUCUCAAGAGGCGGAAACUCUCCUACACGAUUGCCAUGGUAUUGAGGAGGUGCUCUACUGGGCAGCUAGGCCAUUUGAGAACAACCGACAUGGUCACGGUCGAUGAGCGAUCCAUGGUAGACCAGUUUAUGGUAAACCAUGAAUGUAUGCAGGACAUAAUGGGACAGCGCGUUGUAGAGAGACAAGGCUCUCAAACUGAGGAGACCAACUCUGACAGGCCAACUCGAAGCCUUGCCAAGACUUAAUAUCAAUACCACCUGCAUUACGCCUCUUUUAA